UCAGCCUCUCAAUGGUUUCAAGCCAGUUUCUGAACUGUAGACCGGUUCGGUUCUGGUGUGAACCGAGCUUGUUGUGGCCAAUAUAUGCAUUUUUUAUCUUAAAAUUUAUAUAAUUUCAUUUUUUUAUAUUUUAUUAUUUCACUCUAGAGCAGACUAAAAUCAAAGAAGAGUUGCAGUCAUGGGGGCUUCAGAAUCAGCUCUCUCGAGUUCGCAGGGACUUGCCGAUGAGAUCACCACCGUGUCUGAGCGGUCAAGAAGUGUCGAUCCUAUUUUGGAGAAGCUAAAAUCACUUCAAAUUUCGCGCCCAAUUCUGACUUCACUUCCGGAGGAAGAUAGCAGCUUGACUGACAUUUUGGUUAGGAAGCCAUCAUCUUCUUCAUCUCUUCACUCUACUGUGAAUCCAAAAGUGCUGCUGGAGCUCUUCUCAAUGUACCGUGAAUGGCAGGAGCAGAAGGCCCAACAGAUUGGCAAGAAACAGGAAGAGAUUGAAAAUAAGAUAGAAGUUGCAGAUGCUUUGGCAGCCAAACUUCUCCAACGGUUUAAUUACUCAUUGUCAACAAUGAAGACUACUUCACAACGUCUAUCAGAAGUUCAUGGAUUACAGGUACAGAUUGGGGAACUGAAAGGGAGGUUGACUGAGGUUAUUAGCAACUGUGAUGCAUUGUGCAAGCGAAUUGCCGCAGAGGGUCCAGAAUCUCUUCAGUCUUCUGUUAAGCCAUUUGAAAUUGCUAUUGCUGACUCAGAGAUCAGCUGUGACCCAUCCUUGCAGCUAGAUCUAAGAAGAAACCUGGUUUCAAACGAAACCAAUAAAGAGUGACCUUCUUGUACAAAUACAUCCUCAAGCCCUUCAAGUCUUCCUUAAAAUUGAGGUUUGACAAAUGUGACAGGCGUAAGAUGAGAAAUGCAAAGAUACGUGUCGUUAUCAGCUUCAUUGCUGCUUCUUUCAAAUUGUUUUAAUUUAAAUAACUGUGACCAGUCUUGUUUCUGUAUAAUUGAAAAGUAUUGGCCCAUGGAUUCAAGAAACCAGAUAUUUCUGGCACCA